AUGGCUGCUGGGAGGGGCAUUAGUCAGCUUCUGAAGAAAGCAUUUCGCCAGAACCCAUCUGGUUCAUCUCUUCUUUCUUCGACCCGGAUAAAUCAUGGAGAAGGAACCACUGGCUUCACUGGACUGAAAGCAUUGGCUAUUCUUGGAGUUGGUGCUUCUGGCCUUUUAAGCUUUGGUACAAUAGCCUCAGCUGAUGAAGCAGAGCAUGGGCUAGAAUCUCCGAGCUAUCCCUGGCCACAUGAAGGCAUUCUUAGUUCUUAUGAUCACGCAUCAAUAAGGCGUGGACACCAAGUUUAUCAGCAAGUGUGUGCCUCCUGUCACUCGAUGUCCCUGAUCUCGUACCGAGACCUGGUGGGUGUUGCCUACACAGAGGAGGAAACAAAAGCAAUGGCUGCUGAGAUUGAGGUGGUUGAUGGGCCAAACGAUGAAGGUGAGAUGUUCACGCGUCCGGGUAAGCUGAGCGACCGUCUGCCGCAACCAUAUGCGAAUGAGCAAGCGGCUCGAUUUUCAAAUGGUGGAGCAUACCCCCCAGACCUCAGCUUGAUUACAAAGGCCAGGCACAAUGGUCAGAACUACGUUUUUUCUCUUCUUACUGGUUACCGUGAUCCACCUGCUGGCGUCUCGAUUCGUGAUGGCUUGCAUUACAAUCCCUACUUUCCUGGUGGCGCCAUAGCCAUGCCCAAGAUGCUUAGUGAUGGAGCUGUCGAGUAUGAAGACGGUACUCCUGCAACGGAAGCUCAGAUGGGUAAAGAUGUUGUCUCAUUCUUGUCAUGGGCAGCUGAGCCUGAGAUGGAAGAGAGAAAGCUGAUGGGAGUCAAAUGGAUCUUCCUACUCUCGCUCGCGCUUAUGCAAGCCGCGUAUUACCGGCGCAUGAAGUGGUCAGUCUACAAGUCCCGCAAGCUGGUCCUUGAUGUGGUCAAUUGA